UUUGGACAGACGUGAUUAAGGGUCCUGAGUUGAAACCGUCGCGGAGCAGCGCUGUUCGUAGCACCAUGGCGGCGUCCGCACGAGCGCAGGUGAUUUCUCUGUACAGGAUGAUGCUGAAAGAGAGCACUAAGUUCCCAUCUUACAACUACAGGACCUAUGCACUGCGGCGGGUGCGUGAUGCCUUCAGGGCCAACAGGAAAGUGGAGGAUCCAAAAACUGUGGAGAGACUGAUGGAGGAGGGACGGCAGACACUGGCACUGAUACAGAGACAGGUCUCUAUAGGGAAGAUGUACGAGGCCCAGAAGACGGUGGUGGAGUAACAGAGGAGGAGGAGGAGGAGGAGGAGGAGGAGGAGGAGAGGACGAGGACAGUCCCAGCAAACGACAGACUGUAACAUCAGAGACUGACACCGACCUGCUUCUUCUCUGUUUCCUUUGACUCCCCCGUCACUGGGUGGAGGUGGAGGUGUGAAAUGCAUUGUGGGAGAUGUAGGACUUAAGGAGUCACGCGGUGAAGUACCUGAAGUUGGUUUGACUGAGGGCUGCACUGAUCUGAUCAUCUGGCCUGUUUCUGAAACAUGAUUAUUGAACCUGAGACGUCACCUCGUCACUCCUCUGAUUUGUUGAGACUUCUCUCUGGUUCACAUUGUUCGGAGGGUAAAUGUGAAAAGUGUGGGUGUUACCAGACUCUGAUCUGACCGUGGAAACUGAAGGUGACGAUCAGAAACUGAUCAGCCGAUCGAUCGGUGCAGCCCUGUUUGUUUCUUUUCUAGUGAUAUUUUUGUUUUAAAACGCACAACCAGUCCAUCCUACCUGAGCUCAUCUUAUCGUUGUAUAGACCUAAGAAUCCGAGGAGGAGUGUGUGGAUGACGGCUGCAGGAAAUGACACAAACCAAAAUGUAGAUGUGAAUAAAGCCGGCUGAUUUUUCUCUCACAUCCAGUCGCCGCUGAGAGACUUCCUGUUUCAUCACAUGAAAUAAAACCGAGGAGAAGCUU